UGACAAAGAAUUUGACAUCAUCUAUUUAGUUUAAAAAAGCAAAUCGCACGCGGUACUUUUUUUUUCUUUCUUUUUCUUUUCAACUUUUUUUUUUCUAUUUCACAACAACAAUAAUAAAAAAUGGUCAAAGCUGUCUGUGUCGUUCGUGGUAAUACCGAUGUUACUGGUACUAUUAAAUUUGUUCAAGAAUCUGAAAAUGAUCCCACCACUAUUGAAGCCUCUCUCUCUGGUUUGACUCCAGGCAAACAUGGUUUCCAUGUUCAUGAAUUCGGUGAUAACACCAAUGGUUGUAUUUCUGCUGGUGCUCAUUUCAAUCCUUUCGGUAAAACCCACGGUGCUCCCGAAGAUGAAAAUCGCCACGUCGGUGAUCUCGGUAACGUUGUUGCUGAUGCUAAGGGAAAUGCUACCUUGAAAGUGACCGAUAAUCAAAUCAAGUUGAUUGGUGUCCACUCCGUCAUUGGUCGUACCAUUGUUGUUCACGCUGAUGAAGAUGAUCUUGGUAGGACUACUCAUGAAUUGUCCAAGACUACUGGUAAUGCCGGUGAUCGCUGGGCUUGUGGUGUCAUUGGUGUCACCAAAUAGGUUUAGUCAUCGACUUUUCAAACAUGUAGCAAACUGGAUGUAAAUAGUUAGUUAGUUAGUUAGUUAGUUUUGUAGUAGUAUGAGCACUGAUUUGAAUCUGAUGAUUGUAAUAAAAAACAAAAACCCUCUUUUUUGAAUAC